GAAACAGAAAGGAAAUGAGUAUACAGUGAAAAUAUCGAUGUAUACAGAUGGACCGGGUUUCACAGAUAUGGUUAUUCAGGUGUACCGAUAUGAGUUUAUGCGGGUUCUUCUACUCCAUAAACUUUUGAAGUGGAUCUUUUCGUGGAAAGUAAAGAGGAUUUCCAGGCGUAACCGAGUUCCUUGCCUUGCUUGUCUUGGGCCUGCUCUUCCGGCUUACCGGCUUGCUUGCUUCCUGCUCUUGCCUCUCUGGCUGCCCUAACUAUUUGACCCGCUUGCCUUGCUACCCGAUACCUGUCUGCUCAAAACCGAAAUGAAUAGCCAACUCGCUUAGCUUGUCUUACCCCUGGCAUUACUCGCCCGAACAACUAAUGCGCGUAGCCAAUACACCUGCCACUCUUUCAACUCGCCGCCUUCGAAUGUUGGAGCUCCUACCAUUCAUGUUCAAAAGGCCAACCGCAAGAACAAGACCAGCUGAAUGCGAGUUCAAUUACGAGGAGAUGGGCAAGCCAAGCCUGCUAGUAGCCAGUAUGAAAAACAUUGAUAAAAACUAUUUCAGACUUUAGUUCCAUAAUCAUAGGAAAAAGAGAGGGCAGAGCAUUCUCUGAUAGGUUUUAGGAAGAGACGCUUUACGGCAAUUGUUAGCCGGUUCGUUCGGUUUCAAGGUCAAGGGAUUGAUUCCAAGUAUUCUACUCGCGGCUUCGAAGGCCUGCUCUUUUGAAUUAAGGUCUUGCUCUCCGAGGCAUAUGACUUUUCCAGCUAAUCCGUUAAUCCUAUGACCGGAGGGCAGCCUUAUCGAUUAUCCCCGUUCGAAGUCGGCUUUGCUUCUGCUUGUUUUAGCUUAUACCCCUGAUCCGUAUAUCUGCCUUGGCCCCGCUUUGCAUUCAUAAAUGUCACUAUUCGUCGAGUGCUUCCUUACCUGUUUAUCACCAGCUCCCAUUGCCAACUCUAAAUUACAUGAAUUUCACUAGUCCGCCAAUCCAAUUAGGAUUGUCCUCCCGUCGGUUGCAUCGCUCCUGCUCGCAGUAGUCGUUUCUUUGCCGGUGAAUAAAUUUAUUCUAAACAGAAUAAGGCCGGCAUCCAGCUCUCGACUAUCCCUACCUUGGUAAAGUUACCACUCAAAGGAUGGCUUUUCUUUCCUACCUACUAUUGUAUUUGAUUCACUUCUUUUCAAAUACGAGGGUGAGGGAUAUUCCUCGACCGGUUCCAAUACGAGGAUUGUUCCUUCUUUACUAAACAGUACCUGCAUCCUGCUCUUCUUCUUCCUAACAGGAUCCGUUUACCCCUGCUUGUUUGGCAAACCCUAUCUUUCAUUGAUCAUCUUCAGUCUAGCAAGAACUUCUUACUUCCCGAUGCCAACUUCCUUGCUUUUAUCUUAGCCCACUGCUCGUACUUCGUAGUUGGUUUGGCCAGAGGGAUCUCCUUUUCUUAUGUAAAUAUAGAGGACAACACUCUUGUGACACAAGCAAGAUCCGCUGAUUCUGUACAUCAAUACAGUUCAACCAAGUCUGCUCUUCGAGGCAGCUUUCUCGUAUCAUUGAUAGUGACGGGUGUGGCCAAACACUAGGAAUACCAGUUCCUUGUUUGACAACCCAAUCCUAGCUUUCCUAUAUUUAGGAAUUACGCCCAUGUUCGGAAACUAGAAUAUGUCUUUUUUCUUUGGCAGGUGACACGGACGAUGACAAAUGAAUUGAUUUCAUUUUCGCUACAAUUCCAGUAUUUCAUUUUCCCAUUGGCAAGGCAGCUUGCUCCUUGAAUGCUUUGUUCGUUCAAGCGAACAAUUCAUCGAUGUUCGACAACCCCAUCAUUCAAAUGAGAAAAGAAAAGGAUGUCGUUCGAGAAAGCCUGUCAAAGAGUCCGGUAGUGGGUGAGUAGAGUCUUUGCUUUUCCCCUCUCGCCAUUUCAUUGCUUUUAGUUGACGUUAGUAACAUUUGUCCUCGUCUUUCGCUACGAAGAAAUCCCAUGACCUGCUUACUUUCCUAACUGCCCCAGUGAGACACAUUAGCCUUGACUAUUGACUUCUUCCUUUCCUAUUUCCGGGUAUCCCCAUCUUGCCAAGCCGGAUUGAUCCUAUCUUCCAGAGCCAGCUACAAUUAAUAUCUUAUUGCUGCUAGAUGACUUCCUCACUCGAAUUCAUUAAUUGAACUAGUCCUCUAAUCGAAAAGGAGGGAUAUCCUGUUUUACGCUAGUCCGUUAAUCCUACCUUCCCUUGGUCAUUACGAACAUUACGCUCGGCUUUCCUUAUCUAUUCAACCAGUUCGCGGGUUCUCCGGUGCCCUGCGGGGCUAGUCCUUGUUCGAAUCCGAGCUAUCGAUCAUUUCUGGAAUGUAGCUAUGCGCCGUUCCUUGUCCUAGUCGAGGGAUAAUCCAGAGAAUCCGUAUCAUAGCUAGUUCUGGGUUUCCCUAUCCUUACUAGUUCUAGUCAUUCCUAACCUUCCUCAAACCUCUCAUCCAAACAACAGAUUCCUCAACUACUGCUUGAGAAACAGCUACUACUAGGAACCGUUGUCGACGAUGAACACGAGCUAGCUCACUUCCUAAAACCUUACCUGCUUACAUCAAACUCUGGAUCCGGGCUCGCCUUCAGUCGCUCAAGGGGUUGCCCUUGACCUCACUUCGUUCCUCAUCUCAUCAACCACUACGAUAAUCUUAGGAAGAGCAUAGGAAAGUGGGAUCUAUUCGUCGCACGCGCCUCGAAUCUACAGCUUGCACUGGCGCAUAAGCCUACCUUAGGAAUCUCCUUUUCCAUCAUACCCACACACUAUCUCUCCAGGAAAGCAAGUUGAGCAGACUGAAUGAAAACUCCUAAUUUAGAGAUUCCCUCCCAGUCAACUUCUUUACUAAGUCAACUUCUUUACUAAUAUAAUAUGUAGUGGAGCCCAUGCAUAUCACCUACUUUGAUCUACUUUGAUUCAGUGCUAGCUCCGCAACCCAAUACACUUGUUUCCACCCACGUAUAGUGAAGAAUGACGAUUAAGAUGAUAAUGAAAACCCAAUAGAAAGUACAGGACCGAUCUAGCAUGAAACGCGAUAGAAAUAGUAGAAAAACGGGCUGACUAAUGACACGCACGCCCUUUCCUUUAUACUCCAAAAUAUACUUAAUUAAACUGACCUUUAUACUUCAAAAAAAUAAAUGAGAUUCUUCCCUCGACUCAACCCGUACGGUUCAAUAUACAAGAUACCGCUGCGCGCCUCCUAGUAACUCUGUCACAUUUCUAGGUCUAGCCCAUGCAUACCUUGACCAAUCGUGACUGAUCGUUUACACCUGGCGCCUUGGCUACCUAUACUUACCUAUCUCGGUUAUUCUUUGCAUCCCCGAUUCUGGACUUGAUGAACUAACAAAACCAACUAAAAAACAAGCAUAUCUCGUGUAUACCUACUUCGCUAGCUCUAUCAGCUUACCAUUGGAACUAUGCCUACGCGACGCCCUCCCCGGAACGCAAAUGCCCUCUUUCGCUUCGCCCUUGGUCCUUCCACUUCGUGUAACUCCGAAUUUACCUGUGAAUAAAUCGGAAAGGCAAGCUUUCCUCCCCUAAGAGUUCUUUCUUUGUUCCGCUAUUCCCUGCUUUCCUCGUUCUCUCCUCGAGACAGAUUUUCACUACAAAUAACCGGAUAGAGAUAUUUCCUUACUUAUAGAGCCAGACUGUGCUUUAACACACGACAUCCCAGUCAGAGGGGGGAAUGGUCAAAAGAAACUCGUUCCAUUGAAGAUCUUUUACAAAGCACUUUCAAAAAUGUGCAUGAUUUGUGCAAUGCAAGUCAACUUAGAAAGAGCUCUUCUUUUCAAAAAAAAAACACUUCUCUCUCGAAAACAAACCACUUGCUUGGGCGGGCAUCACUUUGCCUCUUUAACCAUCCCUUUACUUACUUGGUUCCUGAUCCGCACAGACACAUAGUUAGGGAGCUUUCAAUCAGCAAAUCGUUGCUGUGCGUGGUGGUCCUCUCAUGUCUGGGCUGCCCCUCUCUUCUGUUUUUGCAUUUCUGUGCAGUGAUUAGUGGAAAUAGUGCUAUGACAUUGAUUUGUUGCCAAUGAGAAAAUGCAUAGCAUAGAUAAUGAGCUGCGCCCCCUCAAAAAGCAAUUAAGUGAGCUCAGGUCCAUAAAGAAUAGAAUAGAAAGAUCGCGAUCUCUGCGAAAUGAGAACGUAACUUGUCGCGUGUCCUCGACUAGUAGUGUCUAAUUGAAAAUUUCUUCUUACAAUAUGAGUCUCUGGUACUGUUCCUGUAAAAGUGCCAGUACUAACUGGUAAGUCGGCUCCUGGAAAAGUGAAUACUUAAAGGGACUAUCGAGCUCUGUUUAUGAAAUGCUCGAAAUAGCUCAGUUCGAGAAAGGGGAUAGAGAAGAGAAAUAAACUAUUGAUCGAGGGAUGGAGAAGGUGUGGGCCCGCUUACUAAUACGGUUCCGUUCCGCAUGAAAAAGACCAAUCAAAUCAAACUUUUCUUCGUUUCGUUGGAAAAACCAACGCCGACGUCAAGAUCAGUCUCCUUUCUCUUUUCGGGAGCAGAGCUGAAAGGACAGUAACGAUCGCGUAAUGAGAUAUAGAUUCUUCUCAAUUUCUGACAUGGAGCGAUUCGCAACGUCAGAUGUUCAUAGAAAUUUACGUGAAUUUUGCAUGCCCGAUCCACACAACUAUGAUUGGGCUCCUAUGACCGAGUUGAAGAAAAGGAGCAUUUAUUCGAAUGCUUGGCUACACAGUAUUCAGCACACUUGGCGGGACGAUAGUCAUCCGCCCCAGGUUUUGGUACUCAAUACAGAGACAAAUUUGUACGAAUUGAAUGCUGAAUUAGGCCAGGAAAUAACGACUUUUUUCGACAGCAUUCAGACUAAUAAUCCGGAUCCGGAGAGCCGUUUCACCAACUUGGAGCGGAUAGAUCAUUUAGAGAUAGAGGGUCGCCCUGGCCCAGUUGAAGCCGGCCCUGCCAAUGACGCGGGUCUUCCAGGAGUAGGCGGACCUGUAAUUGAGAGCCCACUAGAUCCAUUUUUGAUUCACCCUUUAAUUCCUCUCG